AUGUCCCACGGGACCUACUACGAGUGUGAGCCCCGGGCUGGCCAGCAGCCGCUCGAGUUCUCGGGGGGCCGCUCGGCGCCCGGGGAGCUGGGGGACAUGUGCGAGCACGAGGCGUCCAUCGACCUGUCUGCCUACAUCGAGUCGGGCGAAGAGCAGCUGCUGUCCGACCUCUUCGCGGUGAAGCCAGCCCAGGAGAGCCGCGGCCUCAAGGGUCCCGGCGCCCCGGCCUUCCCCCACUACCUGGCGCCAGACCCCCGGCCCUACGCCUACCCGCCGCACACCUUCGGACCCGACCGCAAGGCCUUAGGGCCGGGCAUCUACAGCAGCCCCGGGAGCUAUGACCCGCGGGCCGUGGCCGUGAAGGAGGAGCCCCGGGCCCCGGAGGGCAGCCGCGGGGCUGCACGGGGCAGCUACAACCCUCUGCAGUACCAGGCAGCUCACUGCGGACAGACAGCCAUGCACCUGCCGCCUGCGUUGGCGCCGCCCAGCCAGCCCCUGCGCGUGCUCAAGGCCCCUUUGUCCGCGUCGGGCGCCCCAUGCAGCCCCCUCCUCAAGGCGCCCUCCCCGGCCGCCCCCGCACACAAGGGCAAGAAGGCAGUGAACAAGGACAGCCUGGAGUACCGGCUGCGGCGCGAGCGCAACAACAUCGCCGUGCGCAAGAGCCGCGACAAGGCCAAGAGGCGCAUCCUGGAGACGCAGCAGAAGGUGCUGGAGUACAUGGCCGAGAAUGAGCGUCUGCGCAGCCGCGUGGAGCAGCUCACGCAGGAGCUGGACACGCUCCGCAACCUCUUCCGCCAGAUCCCCGAGGCCGCCAACCUCAUCAAGGGCGUCGGGGGCUGCAGUUGAGGGGGCCUCCUGGGGCGCCCCACUCAGCUG